GCAGUGCGAACUUGUGCCUACACCAACACCACUUAUUAUGCCUGCUGAGUUAAAAGCUCCUUACGCCGUCAUGAUAUUGCGAGACAACAACCAUAACGAAAAAUGACACAACACUCCACCAUUGAGCUGACGACCGAGCAGCUGCAAUUAAUGCUGGAYUCGGUGCGUUCUGCAGCCGUUGCAGCAGCCAAUUGUGCCGCCCCAGCCAUCGUGAUGAUGAGGGGCACGUUCAUGUAUUGCAAUAGUCGUCUGGGCGAUCAACAUGAUUCUGCUUAUGUCGAGGAGUUUAUUCAAUCUGUAUUGGCUUACAAGGAUAUGGAAUCGAUCAGUGAUGAGGACGCGCUUAAAAGUAUCGCCAUACUGUUUUACGGCGAGGCAGCUCUAUGGUGGCUGGGUGUGCGUGGGGCGAAGGAAGUACAUACGUGRGACGAGGCAAUCGCUUUGAUUCGUGAGCACUUCGCACCCGCCAAACAAGCUUAUCAACUUUAUAUGGAGAUCUUUGAGGAAAAGCAAGAUGACGAAACAACCAUUGGAACAUUUGUCUGUCGGAAGCGUGCGCUACUCGCACAACUGCCCGAGAGGCGUCACGAUGAAGAAACCGAGUUGGAUAUGGUCUAUGGUUUGCUGAAUAUGAAGUAUCGGCGUCAAAUAUUACGUCAGGAUGUUAAAAGUUUUCGUGAUUUACUUGAGAGAGGAAGAGCCGUUGAGCAUAAUUGUAAGGAAGCCGAUGUGAAGAAACGUAAAAAUAAUUCCUAAACGGAGGWGUUUGAAAKUCUYCAUCCURACGUCAGAUCGCUUACUAAUAGGUGAAYGGUACAAUCCAUUCUUUGUAUUGUGAUCUURAAAUACGAAUCCAUUAAAAGUGCGGAAAGAUGGUAAAUUUGCUGUUUCUAAGUUAGCGGAAGCGACAAGCUAGAUCUUGGAAACAUGUAUACCCUUAUAAAAUUAUUUAUAAACUGAGAUCAGAGUUCAGAGAACGAUAGAGCUCCGUUAUAAAGGGUAGUUUAAAGUCAUAAGUAGGAAAGGAGUUAAAGGGAUGUAAGAAAUGUAUAUAUAAAAUGAAUAAAGAGAAUGUUUUAUAAAGUAA